AAACGUAGAAGACAUUGGCCGAAAGAAAGGCGCGUGUCCGAAAGGAAGCGGCAGGAACUCUUACGGAUGUAACGUAAAGCGUGUGUACGGAAGGUAAUGGCAACCUAGCGUAAGCACCAGCUGUUACCACAUUGUUAAGGGGGUGGGGAGAUAGGUGCGCGUAGGUAACCACAGGAAGAGAAUACUUUCACUGCCAAACGUACGGUUGGGAGCCUUCGAGAAGGACGAGAAACCCCAGGCAUCGGUUAGUCAGACGGAUAAGGACGGUGAGAGUAAAACGAUCAGGGAGCGUAGUAUCGGCACAGCGCUCUAUCGUUUUCCCGAGAUACUUACCCGUCAUUUUACCAUCGUUUCAAAACUGGUGAACCAUCUGCAUCGAUCGAUCCUGCCGAAAAUCGCGCGUCCUCGCGAUCGUUCCUGCGUUCAUCGUCUAAUUCCACCGAGAAGAAAGUAGUUUCGUUCCAUUUGGUUCGCGAUUCGGAAUUACGGAUCCGCGAUACCGAUCGAUACCAUCUAUGUAAACGAUCCAAAUAAAGAGGAAGUCGAUUCGAAGGAUUUAAUGGAAAAGCGACAGACUUCAUGGGGAGAGAAGCUUCGUAAACAUCGUGACGAAGAGAAGCAAUGAAGAACGUAAAUCCCCGGGUAUCAUCCAAAGUACAUCGUAUCGAGAAAAUCGGCACACGGCCACCAGACAUUCUUUCAUGAUGACAUACGAACCAGCGAAAACACUUCGAAAUCGGAGAUAUCAUUCGGUGAAAUUUAAGAAUCUAUCUAGUGGAAAAGAAUGGUAUUCAGCGCGAUCGUGGUCACGUCGGCCUUGAAGGGUGCUUUGAGCCUGGUGGGCACGAGUUUGUGGUUAAUCCCCCUAUUAAUAGCGGGUCUGUCCUACUAUCGAUACGAUCAACUGGACCCGGAGAGUCGGCCUAUCGACAAAUAUCCUCUCUACGCGGAAUACGAUUUCGUGGUUGUAGGAGCUGGAUCAGCCGGGGCUGUGGUAGCUAAUCGGCUAUCAGAAAUAGCAAAAUGGAACGUUCUCCUACUAGAGGCUGGUCCGGAUGAGAACGAAGUAACCGACGUACCUUCGUUGGCGGCUUAUCUUCAAUUAACGAAAUUAGAUUGGAAAUAUAAAACAGAACCGACGGGGAGAGCCUGUCUGGCUAUGAAAGGUGGUCGCUGUAACUGGCCUCGUGGCAAAGUUCUAGGUGGUUCGAGCGUGCUCAAUUACAUGUUAUACGUCAGAGGGAACAGACACGAUUACGAUUACUGGGAGUCGAUGGGCAAUCCCGGUUGGGGAUACGACCAAGCGUUGUAUUAUUUCAAGAAAUCCGAGGAUAACAGGAAUCCCUACUUGCAGAGGAGUCCGUAUCAUUCGACUGGUGGAUACUUGACGGUGCAAGAGUCUCCGUGGAAGACUCCUUUGGUAGUGGCGUUCGUUCAGGCAGGAACGGAGAUGGGAUACGAGAACAGGGAUAUAAACGGAGAAGAACAAACGGGAUUUAUGAUAGCUCAAGGGACGAUCCGCCGAGGUAGCAGAUGCUCGACGGCGAAGGCGUUUCUGCGACCAAUUCGACUGCGUAGGAACAUUCACACCGCCAUGAAUUCUCACGUAACCAGAGUUCUGAUCAACCCUGUCACCAUGAAAGCAACAGGCGUCGAGUUUGUCAGGGAUGGUCGCAGACAAAUGGUCCGAGCGAGAAAGGAAGUGAUUCUCUCCGCCGGAGCGAUAAACAGCGCUCAGAUUCUCAUGUUAUCCGGUGUAGGACCGAAGGAACAUUUGCGUCACGUUGGAAUACCGGUGAUCAAGGACCUUCGAGUGGGCGACAAUCUACAGGAUCACGUUGGCAUGGGUGGCUUGACGUUCCUGAUAGACAAACCCGUGGCUAUUGUUCAGGAUCGGCUGCAAGCGGCUCCGGUAACGAUGCAUUACGUGGCGAACGGAAGAGGUCCGAUGACCACUCUAGGCGGCGUCGAGGGCUACGCCUUCGUCAACACGAAAUACGCCAAUCGAUCCAUCGAUUAUCCGGACAUUCAAUUACACAUGGCGCCGGCGUCCAUAAAUUCAGACGGCGGCGUGCAAGUUAAGAAGAUUCUCGGAAUAACCGACCAAGUGUACGAUACCGUGUACAGACCUAUAACGAAUAAGGACGCAUGGACCAUCAUGCCUCUUCUGCUCAGGCCUAGAUCGAGAGGCACGGUCAGGCUACGUAGUUCCAAUCCGUUUCAUAGCCCGCUGAUCGACGCUAAUUAUUUCUCCGAUCCGAUGGACAUCGCCACUUUGGUCGAAGGUGCGAAAAUCGCGAUCAGACUUAGCGAGGCGAAAGUUUUUAAGCAGUUUGGAUCGAGAGUUCACAGGAUCAAACUGCCUGGAUGCAAGCACCUGAAAUUUGCUUCGGACGCGUACUGGGAGUGUCACAUUCGACAUAUUUCGAUGACCAUUUAUCAUCCGGUCGGAACAACGAAGAUGGGCCCUUCCACCGAUCCCACCGCCGUCGUCGAUUUUAGGCUGAAGGUACACGGGAUCGAAGGGUUGAGGGUGAUCGACGCGUCGAUCAUGCCUACCAUUUGUAGCGGAAACACGAACGCGCCGGUAAUUAUGAUCGGAGAGAAGGGAGCCGAUCUCGUAAAGAACGAUUGGCUGACGGUAGAAACUGCGAGAAGAAGCUAGCGAUUUCAUAUUUGCGGAUCGAGUAAAAGUUGGCAAAAAGUUGUUGAUCUUUACUAGAUAGAUAUAUCUGUUGGUACUUUAGUUACGUUUUGUUGUUGAUAAAUUUGUACUCGUGUAACGCAUUACUUGCAAAAAUAUCUGUCUCUUGUGAUACAUCUAUCUUUUGUGUGUUCGUGGGUGUGUGUGUGUGUGUGUGUGUGUGUGUGUGUGUGUGUGUGUGUGUGUGUGUGUGUGUGUGUGUG